AAAUAAAAAGACCUUUAAUCCUCCAUCCUCAAUCCUCGAUUUGAUUGAUUGAUUGAUCUAUGAGAAUGACUAACAGACAACGCUGGUAUUAUUUUGAGGAAGGCGAGUUCUGCUGUCCAUAAACAUGAACCGAAAAAUCAAAAAUGUCUACUUCGACUGUUCGAUACAGUGGGUCUGGGCUCCUAGUAAUUAAACCUCUACACGUCUUGACGAAGAAAUAGACUACAAAUUUGACAGCACGACCCACAAGUUGCUAGAAAGACACUUACAGAGGCAAAGUCAAACAAACACUACUGAGGCAAACAAAUACCCUGACAAUUAUGUGCCGUACAUACCUAGUAAACUGCAUGCCUAGCUAUGUUCAUGAAUCAUGAAUAGGAAGACAAAUAAUGUUGUGGCCACAAUAUCAAAUUGAAAAGCAAUUAGAAUCGUGGACUAAUUAAUUUUUGCAACUCCAUGCUUAAGGUCUCGGCGCCAACGAACGAACCUUCAUUCUCAAUUAAAAGUACGAACUUAAGAGUAAAAGUACCCAUUGUUUUUGACGAAGGUACUCAUUGUAGAAUAACCCAAACCCUCAGUCAGAUUCCCUACGGCUACGAUUCUCUCUAUCUGGAACUUAAUAUGUCAUCAGCUCCGUGAUAACUAAGAAAUUGAAUGGUUGCCCUGGUCAAUAUAUCAAUAGGAAAGGAUAUGUAGAUCCUCAACGUCACAGACCCCUAUAAAAGGCAACGAGAGACUACAAUGAGCUCAAACCACACUCACUAAUCAAAAUGAGCUCUACCUCUGCAGCCAAGCCUGAGAAGCUCCACAUAGCUUUGUUCCCAUGGCUUGCCUUCGGUCACAUAAUCCCAUUUCUUGAAGUUGCCAAGCACAUAGCUCGCAGAGGCCACAAGGUUUCCUUCAUUUCCACACCUAGAAACAUCCAACGCCUCCCGAAAAUCCCACAAAACCUAACCCCUCUGAUCACUCUAGUCCAAAUCCCACUCCCCCGAGUCGAAAACCUCCCUGAAAACGCAGAGGCCACCAUGGACGUCCCAAACGACGUCAUCCCAUACCUCAAAAUAGCUCAUGAUGGACUCGAACAAGGUAUCUCUGAAUUCCUCAAAACACACGCUCCCGAUUGGAUCACUUAUGACUUUGCCCCAUACUGGUUGCCUCCAAUAGCUAUCAAGCUCGGCAUCAAACGAGCCUAUUUCAGUAUCUUCAAUGCGUCCACCUUAUGUUUCAUGGGAUCAACGUCACCGGAGGUAGUGUCCCGCUAUGCUCAGAGAACACGGCCUGAGCAUUUCACUGUCCCUCCCGAAUGGAUUCCCUUCCCGUCCAAAGUCUUUUUUAGGCCUUUCGAGGCCAAGAGUUUGAUAGAUGGUACUAUGACAAAAAAUGCCACAGGCAUGACGGAUUGGUCUCGUGCGGAAUCAACUAUCCAGGGUUGUCAAGUCUUCUUCAUUCGAAGUUGUAGAGAGAUCGAGGGAGAGUGGCUCGAUUUACUUCCAGACCUUUACCAGAAACCUGUAGUACUUCCCACGGGAUUAUUGCCACCAUUGGUCCCAACAAGUGAUGAAGACCAACCGGACAACAAUUGGUCUAAAAUUGCUGAGUGGUUAGACAAACAAAAGAAAGGGAAAGUAGUUUAUGUUGCAUUUGGGAGUGAGAUUAAUUUAAGCCGAGAAGAGUUCAAUGAGUUAGCUCUUGGAUUAGAGCUAUGUGGGUUGCCUUUCUUUUGGGUGCUGAGGAAACCGAGUCAUGGGUCCGGCGAUGCUGACUCGGUUAGGCUACCAGAUGGAUUUGAGGAUCGAACCAAAGAUCGUGGGCUUGUUUGGACCACUUGGGCUCCUCAGCCUAAAAUUUUGGCCCACGAGUCUGUCGGGGGUUUCUUGACUCAUUGCGGUUGGAGUUCCCUCAUCGAGGCACUCCAAUAUGGGCGUCCUCUAAUCAUGCUGCCAAUUAUGUAUGAUCAAGGACUAAUUGCUAGGUUUUGGGACAAGAGGAUCGGGAUUGAGGUAUCGAGAGACGAAGAGAGUGGAUGGUUUACAAGGAACGAGUUGGCGAAGUCAGUGAAUUUGGUUGUGGUGCGUGAGGAGGGGAAGCCAUACAGGGAUGGAGCUAAAGAAUAUAGUGAGUUAUUUGGAGACAAGGAACUCCAUGAUAGAUACAUGGACGAAUGUGUGCAGUAUAUGGAAAGGCAUGUGCAGGAUGUUUAAUUGUAUGGUAUUGGUCUUGAACUCUUGAUUGGAUGAACCUCUACGGCUCCUUUCUUUUUUUUUUCUCCUCUCUCUCUUCUGGUGAAAUUCCCCUUAGUAUGUUUUUCAUUUCCUGUAUUUCUAAAGAGGCUUAGUACUUAUUCUCAAAAAAAAGAAAAAAAAGAAAAAAAGAGGCUUAGUACUUCA